AUGGACGCCAACCAUCAAGCCGCGGAGGCCCACGAGUCCCGCAACCAGACCACCUCAAACUAUACAACUUACUCCUCGUACACCACCGAGGAAACUAUCCACUACCCCUCCGAAUCUUCUAGCCAUGCCAACAAUGCAAUUGUCGAUGAAUCCAACCAGCCCUCUUUCGAAGAGAUCAACGCUCCGACCGCAGCGCCCAUCGACCCGGUCUCUACCACUUCCUCGACCGCAUCCCAUGAAAGCGUCGAGGGCCGUUGGGGUGAGACAGAUGCGGGUGAGCCUGUCUCUCACCGCGGUGCAAUGGAAGACUUGGAGGAGAUGCGCCGUGAAUUGACGCGCCUGAGCUUGCAUCGCACCCGUUCAACGACCGCCAAAAGCGUGCGCCGCCUCAAAUCUCGUGCCAGUCGCAAGGAUGAGGAGAAGGUCCUGGAAGGCGCCUCUGAUGCGGAGUCCGAGGCUGGCUUCGACCUGGGUGAGUUCUUGAUGGGCGGCCAUCUCGAGCGCCGAACCACCGCCGGCGAGCCUGCUAAGAAGGUCGGUGUCGUGUUCAAGAACCUCACUGUCAAGGGUGUGGAGACGGGUGCGUCGUUUGUCCGGACUCUACCUCAUGCAGUGGUGGGAACUUUUGGUCCUGAUCUGUAUAACGUCAUUUGCCGGUUCGUGCCGCAGUUGCGGUUCGGCAAGAAGCCUCCCAUUCGCGACCUGAUUCAUGACUUUUGCGGUACAGUGCGCGAGGGCGAGAUGAUGCUCGUGCUGGGUCGUCCUGGUGCAGGCUGUACUACCUUCCUGAAAGCCAUUGCGAAUGACCGCGGUGCCUUUGCGGCAGUCGAGGGCGAGGUUAUCUACGGUGGCAUCUCGGCGGAGGAUCAGAACAAGUACUUCCGUGGCGAAGUCAAUUAUAACCCCGAGGACGACCAGCAUUUCCCCUCGCUCACGGUCUGGCAGACGCUCAAGUUCUCGCUCGCUAACAAGACUCGUAAGAACGACCGCGAGAGCAUUCCCAUCAUUAUCGAUGCGCUGCUCAAGAUGUUCGGUAUUAGCCAUACCAAGAACACCCAAGUCGGCAACGAGUAUGUUCGCGGUGUGUCUGGUGGUGAGCGCAAGCGUGUUAGCAUCGCUGAGACACUGGCUACGAAGUCGACGGUUGUUUGCUGGGAUAACUCGACUCGCGGUCUGGAUGCUAGCACUGCCCUGGACUAUGCCAAGUCUCUGCGUAUUAUGACCGACGUCAGCAAGCGAACGACCUUGGUGACUCUGUACCAAGCUGGAGAGAGCAUCUACGAGCUCAUGGACAAGGUCAUGGUCAUUGACCAGGGCCGUAUGCUCUACCAGGGUCCCGCACAUGAAGCCCGUCAGUAUUUCAUCGACCUCGGCUUCUACUGCCCAGAACAGUCCACCACAGCCGAUUUCCUGACUUCUCUCUGCGAUCCCAAUGCCCGUCAAUUCCAACCUGGCUGUGAAGCUUCGACCCCUAAGACUGCUGAGGAGCUGGAGCAGGUCUUCAAGAACAGCAAGGCUUACCAGUAUAUCACGAACGAUGUCGCCACCUAUGAAAAGCGCCUUCAGGAGACCGAGCAGGAAGACACCCGUACCUUCCAGAAGACCGUCGCCCAGUCUAAGAGUAAGACUGUGUCCAAGAAAUCGCCCUACACUGUCUCUCUGGUGCGCCAGGUCGCGGCUUGCGUCAAGCGUGAAUUCUGGCUGCUCUGGGGUGACAAGACCUCGCUCUACACCAAGUACUUCAUCAUCAUCUCCAACGGCCUUAUUGUCUCGUCUCUGUUCUACGGUGAAUCCCUGGAUACCAGCGGUGCUUUCUCUCGCGGUGGUACUCUCUUCUUCUCGAUUCUGUUCCUUGGGUGGCUUCAAUUGACCGAGCUGAUGCCCGCUGUGUCUGGGCGAGGCAUCGUCGCUCGUCACAAGGACUACGCUUUCUAUCGCCCGUCUGCUGUCUCAAUUGCCCGUGUGGUCGUUGAUUUCCCCGCUAUCUUCGCCAUGGUCGUUCCGUUCACGAUUAUCGUCUACUUCAUGGCUGGUCUUGAUGUCACGGCGUCGAAGUUCUUCAUCUACUUCCUGUUCGUGUAUACGACUACCUUCUGUAUCACCUCGAUGUAUCGGAUGUUUGCGGCUCUUUCGCCAACUAUCGAUGACGCUGUGCGGUUCGCUGGUAUCGCGCUCAAUCUGCUCAUUCUCUACGUCGGCUAUGUCAUUCCAAAGCAGACUCUUGUGAAUGACUCGAUCUGGUUCGGAUGGCUCUUCUACGUCAACCCCAUCUCAUACAGUUAUGAAGCUGUUCUGUCUAAUGAGUUCUCUGACCGUACGAUGGAGUGUGCCCCUUCUCAGCUCGUUCCCCAGGGUCCUGGUGUGGUGGAUGGAUACCAAGGAUGUGCUUUGACUGGCUCUCCUUUGGGUCAAACAUCUGUUCCUGGUAGCCAGUACUUGGAGGUGAACUUCCAGUUCACCCGCCAUCAUCUGUGGCGCAACUUCGGUGUUGUCAUUGCUUUCACUGUGUUGUACAUCCUGGUCACCAUUUGGGCAGCCGAGUUCCUCUCUUUCGUUGGCGGUGGCGGCGGCGCUCUGGUCUUCAAGAAGUCCAAGCGUGCGAAGCAGGUCACUCAACAGACUGCAAAGAAUGACGAUGAGGAGAAGGUCUCUGAUUCUAAUGGUAAUGCUGCUCUCGCCCGUGGUGAAGCCCCUUCAAGCUCCGACAACGCCGCUUUCAACCGUCUCUCCUCCAGCGAGCGCUGCUUCACCUGGUCCAACGUCGAGUAUACCGUCCCCUAUGGCAACGGUACCCGCAAACUUCUGAACAAUGUCAACGGUUUCGCCAAACCUGGUGUUAUGAUCGCCUUGAUGGGUGCCUCCGGAGCUGGCAAGACUACUCUGCUGAACACCCUUGCUCAGCGUCAGAAGAUGGGCGUGGUGAAGGGCGAUAUGCUCGUUGAUGGUCACCCGCUUGGCGCUGACUUCCAGCGUGGUACCGGUUUCUGCGAACAAAUGGAUCUGCACGACAACACCUCUACAAUCCGUGAGGCAUUCGAGUUCUCGGCCAUCCUUCGUCAGGACCGUAGCACUCCUCGCCAGGAGAAGAUCGACUAUGUCAACCGGAUCAUUGACCUUUUGGAGCUCGAGGACAUCCAGGAUGCCAUCAUCGGUUCUCUCAAUGUCGAGCAGAAGAAGCGUGUCACUAUCGGUGUCGAAUUGGCCGCCAAGCCCAGUCUCCUUCUCUUCCUUGACGAGCCUACCUCCGGCCUCGACAGCCAAGCCGCAUUCUCGAUUGUCCGUUUCCUCAAGAAGCUCUCUCAGGCUGGCCAGGCCAUCGUCUGCACCAUUCACCAGCCUUCGUCCAUGCUCAUCCAGCAGUUUGACAUGAUCCUCGCGCUCAAUCCUGGUGGCAACACCUUUUACUUCGGACCCGUUGGACACGACGGUGCCGCUGUUAUCAAGUACUUCGCCGACCGUGGCUUCGUCUGCCCGCGCUCCAAGAACGUUGCCGAGUUCGUCCUCGAAACCGCCGCCAAAGCCACCCAGCGCAACGGUAAGCAAAUCGACUGGAACGAGGAAUGGCGCAACUCGGAUGAGAACAAAGCCAUGCUCGAGGAAAUUGAACACAUCAAGACCAAACGCAGCCAAGUCCCCGUCGAAGAAACUGGUGGCUCGCAUUACGAAUUCGCCGCCCCAACACCCGUCCAGAUCCAGCUCCUCACCAAGCGUCUAUUCCUCCAAUACUGGCGUGAUCCCAGUUACUACUACGGCAAGCUUUUCGUUAGUGUCAUCAUCGGCAUCUUCAACGGUUUCACUUUCUGGAUGCUGCCGAACACUGUCGCUUCCAUGCAGGACCGCAUGUUCUCCGUCUUCCUGAUCAUUCUGAUCCCUCCCAUCGUAAUGAACUCCGUCGUCCCCAAAUUCUACAUCAACCGUGCCCUGUGGGAGGCUCGUGAAUAUCCCUCCCGUAUUUAUGGCUGGGUUGCCUUCGCCACUGCCAGCGUUGUCUGCGAAAUCCCCGCCGCCAUUGUCACCGGCCUCGUCUACUGGUUGCUCUGGUACUACCCUGUCGGUUUUCCGACAGACUCGUCCACCGCCGGCUACGUCUUUCUCAUGUCGAUGCUAUUCUUCCUCUUCCAGGCAUCCUGGGGCCAGUGGAUCUGCGCAUUCGCACCCUCGUUUACCGUCAUUUCUAACGUGCUGCCAUUUUUCUUCGUCAUGGUCAACCUGUUCAACGGUAUCGUUCGACCCUACGCCGAUUACCCAGUCUUCUGGAAAUUCUGGAUGUACUACGUCAAUCCGGUGACCUGGUGGCUGCGCGGUGUGCUCUCUGCCGUCCUGCCAGAUGUCCCGAUCGAAUGCGCUACCCUGGAAACGACCCGCUUCAAUCCCCCGCCCGGACAGACCUGCGAGCAGUACGCUGGCAACUUCGUCAAUCAAAUCGCCAAGGCUGGGUACCUGGUCAACAAGUCUGCUACCCAGGACUGCCAGUAUUGCCCCUUCACCACGGGUGCGGAGUACAUGGCCAAUCUGAAUGUGCACCGCAACGACAAGUGGCGCUGCUUCGGUAUCUUCUUGGCCUUUGUGAUUAUCAACUGGAUUCUGGUGUACUUCUUUAUCUACACUGUGCGUAUUCGGGGCUGGAGCUUCGGAUUCGGGUAUCUGUUUGGUCUGGCUGGUAUGUUGAUUGAGGGUGUCAAGGGCCUGUUCAAGCGGAAGGAGAAGAAGGAUGCUCAGCAGUGA